GCCCUUAAAAAUAGCAAACGCAGGACGCUCCAGAGGACUUGCUUGUCUCAUUUGGUUAGUACAGAAUGCCUUCCGGCGAAAAAUGGCUUGAAAAAACAAGGACGGUUCUCUAGCAGGCCACAGUUUCUGUUUAAAUUCUGAAGAUUUCGAUAUUCCCAAAGUUCAAAUUUUGGUGUUUAUCUUAGUUUUCCUUUCAUUUUGGGCUUCAAUAUCCUCCCUGCUCUUGCGCUACUGUUUCACAGGAAUGGGAACUCAGGCCCCUGCAGACAGGCCGUUGAAGGUCACCAACAAUAUCGACGAGAAGCUAGCCAAGCAGAAGGAAAUCGAUGACUGGCUUCCCAUCACUUCGUCGAGGAAUGCAAAAUGGUGGUAUUCUGCUUUCCACAACGUCACUGCGAUGGUUGGAGCCGGAGUCCUCAGUCUUCCCUAUGCCAUGGCAGCCCUUGGAUGGGGACCUGGUGUGGCAAUACUGAUACUGUCAUGGAUCAUUACCUUGUACACACUGUGGCAAAUGGUUGAGAUGCAUGAGAUGGUGCCGGGAAGGCGGUUCGACAGGUACCAUGAACUGGGGCAGUAUGCAUUUGGGGAGAAGCUGGGCUUAUACAUAGUGGUGCCACAGCAGCUGAUUGUGGAGGUUGGUGUCAACAUAGUGUACAUGGUGACCGGGGGGAAAUCACUCCACAAGUUCCAUGAGUUGGUUUGCAAUAAACCUUGCAAAGACAUCAAGCUUACCUACUUCAUCAUGAUCUUUGCCUCUGUCCACUUUGUGCUCUCUCAUCUUCCCAAUUUCAACUCCAUCUCUGGCGUUUCUUUAGCUGCUGCAGUCAUGUCCUUGAGUUACUCGACAAUCGCAUGGACAGCUUCGGUGCACAAGGGAGUGCAGCCAGACGUGGAGUAUGGGUACAAAGCGAAGAGCACAGCAGGGACAGUGUUCAACUUCUUCACAGCCCUGGGAGAUGUGGCCUUCGCCUACGCCGGCCACAAUGUGGUACUGGAGAUCCAGGCCACCAUCCCUUCCACGCCGGAGAAGCCUUCCAAGGGCCCCAUGUGGAGAGGCGUGCUCAUCGCGUACUUCGUCGUCGCCCUCUGCUACUUCCCCGUUGCUCUCGUUGGCUAUCGCAUGUUCGGAAACACGGUUGAAGACAACAUUCUCAUCUCGCUCGAGAAACCUGUCUGGCUCGUCGCCGCUGCCAACAUGUUCGUCGUCAUCCACGUCAUUGGGAGCUACCAGAUUUACGCGAUGCCGGUGUUCGACAUGAUAGAAACCGUGCUGGUGAAGAAGCUCAAGUUCAGACCCAGUUUCCUCCUUCGGUUCAUCUCCCGCAAUAUAUACGUUGGAUUAACCAUGUUUAUCGCCAUUACCUUCCCCUUCUUCGGUGGCCUGCUGGGAUUUUUUGGUGGAUUUGCGUUCGCCCCAACCACAUACUUCCUACCUUGCAUCAUGUGGCUCGCCAUCUACAAACCCAAGAAGUUGAGCUUAUCUUGGUGUGCUAACUGGGUUUGCAUCAUACUGGGCCUUUUCUUGAUGAUUUUAUCACCCAUUGGAGGGCUAAGGAAUAUCAUACUCCAAGCCAAGAACUACAAUUUCUAUUCUUGAUUCGCCUCGCCUUAGCAGAAGCAGAUUGGAACAUGCGAGUGAGGACAAUGAUCACAAAACAUUUGCCAGGGCCCAGUGGCUGAGUUCAUUAGUUACCCAAAGCAUCCAAAAUAAGUAUUUCUGUGGCAUUUGCAUGCCCUUUCUGCCCCCUCUUCGUUGUAUUGAUUGUGUGCUAGUAUUUACCCUGGUGUUUGUUUUAUGAUAAUGUGAAAACGGAUAUAAGAGGGAAAACAAUAAGCUCGCCACUGCAAUGGUUAAGGAGGUUAAUUUGCAACAAUUCUUUAUCCUCCAUAUAUGGCAUGAAUGCUGAACCUGCCAAGCUUUAUGUUUUCGUUCUUAUGCUUGUACUGGACAUUUUAUCAACAAUCCGUUGCACUUGCAUCUGUGCAAGAGUCUUGGCGACC